AAAUCAGGAAAAGGUGGCUAAUCGAAGAGGUCACAAUGCCACAAUACUAUAUUGUUAAUUGUGUAUAAAAUGCUUCCUUUGUUGCGCAAAGCCAAAAGAAUGUCAUGUCUUCUCUCCCAAACAUUACUUCCUUCUUCAGCUGCUAAUUCCGUCUGUAAUUUCAAGCCUACUCACUCUCUCAUCGCUCCACAUCAUCUUCUUCUUCCGAGGUUGUUGGGUUUAACACCUAAGAUUGGAUUUUUGGGUUCGGUGAGAGGAAUGGCAACGAAAAUGGAUAGCAUUCAGCAAAACCCAGAGGCCAUUUCGUACCUAAACCAGAAAGAAGCUGCUGAAAUUGAUGAAAUACUUAUGGGUCCUCUUGGUUUCAGUGUUGAUCAACUUAUGGAACUGGCUGGCUUGAGUGUUGCUGCUGCAAUUGCUGAGGUCUACAGACCAAGUGAGUACAGUCGUGUUCUUACUAUUUGCGGUCCUGGCAAUAAUGGCGGUGAUGGUCUUGUAGCUGCUCGUCAUCUAUAUCACUUUGGCUAUAAACCAUUCAUAUGUUACCCUAAGCGUACUGCUAAACCUCUUUAUGAUGGCUUGGUAACUCAGCUCAAGUCGAUGUCAGUUCCUUUCUUGUCAUUGGAAGAUUUGCCAAAGGACUUGUCUGACAGCUUUGACAUUCUAGUGGAUGCAAUAUUUGGAUUCUCAUUCCAUGGUAGCCCAAGGCCACCUUUUGAUGACUUAAUUCAGAGACUGGUGGCACUAAAGAUUAAUGGCGAUACACAUCAGAAAUCACCUGUCAUCAUCUCUAUAGAUAUUCCAUCUGGUUGGCAUGUGGAAGAGGGUGAUUUAAGUGGUGAAGGUAUUAAACCUGACAUGCUGGUUUCUCUAACUGCCCCUAAAUUGUGUGCCAAAAGGUUUUCUGGCUCGCACCACUUUUUAGGUGGCAGAUUUGUUCCACCAUCCAUCAGGAACAAAUUUAAUCUCCAAUUACCAGCAUAUCCUGGCACUUCCAUGUGCGUCCGUAUUGGCAAGCCCCCAAAAAUUGACAUAUCAUCUCUGAGGGAGAACUAUAUUUCUCCUGCGUUGCUUGAGGAAGAGGUCGUCGCUGACCCCUUUGAUCAGUUCCAAAAGUGGUUUGAUGAUGCAAUGGCGGCAGGCUUGAAGGAACCAAAUGCCAUGGCCUUGUCAACUACUGGCAAAGAUGGCAAGCCUUCAUCAAGGAUCGUAUUGCUGAAAGGGUUUGACAAGGAUGGUUUUGUCUGGUACACCAAUUAUGAAGGCAGAAAAGGUCAACAAAUAGCUGAAAAUCCUCAUGCCGCACUCCUCUUUUAUUGGGAUGAUUUGAACCGCCAGGUAAGAAUCGAAGGGCCAGUGCAAAAAGUUUCUGAUGAGGAAUCUGAGCAAUAUUUUCACAGUCGUCCUCGGGGAAGUCAGAUUGGUGCCAUAGUUAGCCAGCAGAGCACAGUUAUUCCGGGAAGGCAUGUCCUCCUUGACGAAUACAAACAGUUGGAGGCAAAAUACUCUGAUGGAAGCGUGAUUCCCAAACCAAAAUACUGGGGUGGCUACCGGCUUAAACCUGAAAUGUUUGAAUUUUGGCAAGGACAGAAAUCUCGCUUGCAUGACAGGUUGUGUUACAUCCUGGAAACAGUUGAUGGAAAAACAGCGUGGAGGAUUGAACGAUUGGCUCCAUGACUGGUGUUGAGAACAUCCUCAUUAUGAGGAUGCCAAUUUGUGUACUUUCUUCCGUUAGCCUUUCCCUUUCUCCUCUCCCCGCAGGCCCGCCUAUUGAUCAUGUGUGUAUGUUGUCGAGUCGAGGCAACUUUCCAGACACCAAUAAAAUUUGCCAUUUUUAUCAGAUUA